UCGUUGGGCUAGCCCAGCUCUCCAGUGUGCAAGGUGCUGGUGUAAGAACCAGAGGAGGCAAAGCUGCAAACAGGUGUAUUUAAAAGGGCACACCCUUCUGAUUGAGCGUCACUGAUUCAUAUUUACCCAGUCAGGGCUCAAAGUCCAGUUAAUCUGGGAGAGAGAGAGCACCGUGAAAGGAUGGCUCCGCUGGCUGACAGCGUCCUGCUGACAGGAUCCAGCCGGGGAAUUGGGCUAGAAAUGGUGCGGCAGCUUUUGGAGAUGACAGAUCCUCCGAAGCACAUCUUUGCAACUUGCCGGAAUCCUGCUGGACCCCAAGGAAAGGCCCUGCGUGAUCUGGCUGAUAAACACUCCAGGAUUCAUGUGGUUCAGUUAGAGGUGGAAGACCAGACCAGUGUGAAGGCUUCUGUGGCGGUGGUGGAGUCCCUUCUAAAUGGCAGAGGCCUGAAUGUUCUCAUCAACAAUGCUGGAGUAAACUCUUAUGGCUCCUUAGAAACUGUGCAACCGGAAGAAAUGCUAUCCGUGUUCAACACCAAUGUCGUAGGGCCCAUUCUUGUGGUUAAGGAAUGCCUGCCAUUACUGAAGAAGGCAGCCAGAGAGACAGCAGCAGAGGGAAUGAGCUGCCAGAAGGCAGCCAUCAUCAAUAUAACUUCCAAACUGGGCUCCAUUGAAAGGGGCUUUGAGGUUAUGUUGGAUCCUAUGUUGGCAUACCGUGCAAGCAAGGCUGCAUUGAAUAUGAUUACUGUAUGCAUGGCAAAGGAACUGAAAGGAGACGGGAUCUUGUGCACUACCAUCCAUCCUGGCUGGGUGAAAACAGACAUGGGAACAGAAAAGGCACCUUUGGCUGUAGAGUGCAGUGUUCAAGGCAUCCUCCAAGUCCUUGCUAAUGUAUCCUCAUCAGAAACAGGAGCUUUUCUGGAUUGGGAAGGGAAGAGGCUCCCAUGGUGAGGGGAUUCUGGUCAGAAAUCCAGGGCUGACCUCAACUCCUCCAGCCCUCAGUAGCCCCUGCAGACAGAAGACUCCAGAGAACAUGAUUUUGUUCCUCAAACACUUGGGAAAAAAUACAAACCAACAAAUUUAUACUAGGAUGGAACUAAAAAAGUGGUAUGAUUGGAUCAAAGUCUUUGCUGAAGUGAAUCAUAACUUUUGGUAUAGGUUUGAUUUUUGUUCUUGCCUGAAAGGACUCCCAAGUGACUUCCUUCCUGACUGUCUGAACCUCUGGAAAUACAAUUUCUGAUAAAGUUAUGAGACUUAUUUUUAACAGCCAUGAUAUUGUUCUGUAAUUUGCUAGGUAUGCUUUUUAUGAAUCUGUUGCUAGAUGUGGGCCAUUUGUGGUUUUACAAAGAGCUUUGAGUUCAUAUUUCAUCAUGCUGUUAUGCUUGUAGCUCACAGCCUUUUGGACAGUUGGAUUGUGUGUUUUUUCAGAAUCUGGAAUUUAUGUAUUGCAACGUACAGUACUAUCACACAUGAAGACCUUUUGUUUUGUUGUAUGAUAAAAGUUUAAAGCCCUCAA